UUACAGUCUCCUGUAUUACAAGGGCAAGGUGAAGGCUUAUCGGCAAGCGAAGUGGCCCUGUUGGCCCGCUCUCUGGCCGGCAUCGGCCAGGCCGAUGGGACCGCAGUCGAACUAGAAAGCGUUGUCUGGAGGCUCGGCAUGAGGGUCUUCGGAACGACUCUGAAGGGACUACCUGCUCCUAGCGUUAUAGCGUUCAUGAGGGCAGUCACAUGGUGUACCGAGGAGGGUAACCUCAGCGAUGAUGCUGUGCAGUUCUUCGACAACCUAGGCCCCUAUCUCCUAGAGAGGCAGUAUCCACCCGAUGCGCCUCCAGGCAGCAGUGACCUGAUCACAGUAGCUGCUGGUCUUGCUAGGAUGGGCCAUAAGGAUGUACAUAGGGUCUUCGUGUUAGUACCAUGGGAGAGCUUCUGA